AUGGAUAAAUUAUACGAGGAAGAGAGGAAGGCGAGAAUGUUAAGAGAUGUAGAUAGAUUAUUUAGUAUCCAGAAUAGUAUAUGUAGAGAGUGUAAGACUGAUGCUGAAUUAAUAUCCAAUCUUAAAUUACUACAGAAUAAGAGGAAUCAAAACUUUGACUGUAUUAAGAAAUUGGUAGAGUUAAUUCUUAAAGAAAACAAAUCAAAAGAAUUUAAAGAAACCUUACUUAAAGAGGUAUUAUCAGGAAAAAUGUACCUUGAGAAUGAAAGAGUAGAACUUGCAUUGGAUUUAGCUAAAGAAUAUAGUGAUAGAAAAGAUGCUAAUAAAGCAUAUGAAAUAUUAAACAACGUGCCUGUAGAAACAUUCACUGAUAUUUCAGAGAAAAGGAAGAAUAUGUUUAUAUUUCAACAAUUUUUCUUAGCGUUUGUUUUAGAAAAGAAUGAAGAAUCUGAACUAAUUUUAAAGAAGAUAAGAAAGUCUAGUAUGGAUUUAGAAGAUCAAAUCAAGUACUUUUCAUCUAAAUUUAUGUCAAAGGUUAGUCAAAACAGGUAUUUAGAAGCGGCUCGUAUAACUUUAGAAUCACAAAAAGUUCAACCAUCUGGAAAUUUUCUAACAACAGGUGCUUUUUAUUGUUUAACAAGUUCAUGUAAACUUGAGAAACGUGAUAUUACAGAGGAGAAGGAAGAAUUAUUAGAAGUGUUUGAAAAAGAACCACUUUUAGAUUCUAAAGUAAGAAAAAUAAUCAAAAUGUUUAGAAAUAACUUUUUAUUAGAAACAGAUAUUAAACAAUUAUUGAAAGAAAUUGUAAGUGAUUAUCAAAAUUCAUUUCAAAUACUUGAUAGUUAUGUUGAGUGGGCACAAAUUGAAUUUAAUCUUAGGAUUAUUGAAAAAAAGUUUAGUAAAAUUUCUAUUAAACUAUUAGGUGAGUUACUGCAGUGGAAUGAAACUGAUUUAAUAGAAUAUUUAUCUUUUAUGGUUAAUGAAAAAUUUAUUAAUUUGAAAGUAAAUCAAAUAACAGGAUUUAUUGAUUUAGGAAAUAAAGAUUGGAAAGGGUCAGUUAAUGAUGUUUUAGAUAAAAUAAUUGAAUGUGAUCAUUUAAUUGAAAUGAAUAAAUAA